AUGGAGGGAGCAUACUCUUUUAAGCCAGGAGGUCCACGACCUGGAGCCCGGCCUUUUUCUAGGGUCCUCCGUGUCAUCACCGUGCUUUGCACCAUCUUUACAUUCCUCGCCGUCCUGUUGAUCUUUGUCUCGGGCGUUUCUACCCGUGAGGAAAACAACAAAAUCCUGAUAAACAUGUCUGAACUAUCUCUGGUUGAGUUCAGCGGCAUUGUCCCCAAGAGCGGCGGGAACGGCACCGAUGCUUAUCAGGUUAAGAUGUACCACUUCCCGGCCGGCUUCGGCUGGGAAUAUGCAAACGCGACCAAAAAGGAGCAAACUGGCGGCUUGAUUUACACCGGCGCCGACAACCUCAAGGUGCCCGAGGAUUUCCGCAGGGUCGCCGAGAAGCUCGACCUGCCCAAGUCGGACUAUCAGUGCCUCAGCCUCAGCACCGUCGACUGCACCAACCCCUUCUUCCAGCCGUGGAGGUUCAGGGGCGGCAACGACGAGUACUCGUCCACCCUGCACUGGAUCUUCUGCUUCAUGGUUUUCCUCACCAUCUUCGUCACCCUUGUCAAGGAGAUCUUCAUCAGCUGCGCCAAGAGCACCAUGGGCUGCCACUGUCCGUUUGGCAAGUCGCUCUGCCCGGCUCCCAAGUGCUCCCGCGACCGCCUCAGCUAUCUGGCGCCCUCGGUUUGGGACAGCGUCCGCUGCUACUGGUAUACCUUCUCGGCCAGCAUGACCAUCGCCUGCGCCAUCACCUUGACCGUUCGCUCCCACCUCCUGGCCAAGGACCUCAGGGACCGCAAGAUCGCGUCUGCCCAGAUUGGCCGCGGCUUCCUCGUCGUCAUGUGGGGAGCCGCCAUCGCCAUGACCGUCGGAGCACUGCUCAUGUACAUCAGCCGGGCCCUCAACAGGCGUUCCGAGCGCGGCCUGACCUUCCCCUCGCCUGACAAGAGCCCUGCCUUUGCCCCCGUCACGCAGUUCCAGCCCACCCAUGGCUACCCGCCGCAGCCGCAGGCCUUCAUCCAGGCCCAGCCCGUCCAGCAGCCUGUCUACACCCACCAGCCCCAGUGGAAGCAGGGGCCGCAGGUGCAUGUUCAGUAA